AUGGAAAGAGCGGGCAUCAUGAUGGACGAGAUUAGCAAAGCGCACAGAAAGGAGAUUGUUCAACAUCACGAUUAUCGCUCGUUCAUGGGGAUCACAUGUUUGAUUCAAAUCUCCACAAGGGACGCCGACUUUUUGAUCGACUUGAUCGACCCAUUUUUGUUAUGGUCAGAGCUGCAUAUUUUGAACGAGCCGUUCUCGGAUCCGAAGAUUUUAAAGGUAUUUCAUGGAGCCGACAAGGAUAUCGUGUGGUUGCAGCGCGAUUUUGGCAUCUACGUGGUGAACAUGUUUGACACAGGCCGCGCUGCGAGGCAUUUGGGUCUACCAAAACAUAGCUUACAAUACCUUGUUGACUCGCUGUGUCAAGAUUACAUUGAAAACUUCGAUAAAUCCACAACCGCAGCAAAACGAGCACGCUACAUCUUGCAAAUACCAAAACGAACACUCAAGGAGAACAUUAAAAGACCGGAGCCGAGACUUCCAGAAAAACGAGCUUCCUUGCCAUUGAAAAUCAUGCAAGUAAAUCCACAACCGAUGCAAGUUGCUCCGAGGAGAGCAACUUGCAUAGCAGAAAUUGAUUCGAUUAUGGAAUGCUUUGGUCGAGCUACGACGAACAUGGUGGGGUCUGAUGGCUCAAGGAUUCCUGAAGAAAUGAUCGCACGUCGGAUUUGGAGCAUUGGAACCUCUUGCAGUGUGUUUGUCGAGCCAAUGUCGAAGCAAAGCUUCGUUCUGAAAAGUUAUCUCUUGUUCCCAAUU